GUCCAUGACAAACAUAUAUGAGCUUCGCGACACUGUUCAGGAAAUCUGGUUUUUAUACAACGACGGCAAAGUCGACUUGGUGAACGCUUCUGUCAUCGCGAACACAGCUAUCGACUUGGUGCGGCACGCUGAGUCUGAAUUUGAUCUAACACUUGCACGCCUAGAGAAUUAUCCUCAAAAGAACAUUCCCGUAUGGGGUAAGUCAUAGAUUGAACCUUUCGAUAUUUAGCCCACAGCCGUUGGCAAUUCGCAGUACUACUAGCUCUUUUGUUGAUCAGUUAGCAUCC